UCGACCUGGACGGAGCAGGACAGCUUAAAGAGUUGUGCAUCCGCAAGAUCAAUGUCUCGUCGGCUGCAUGGCAACUUCGCAAGAAUUUAUCAGGACAGUCACCGAGUCUUCGAGUGCUAUGGCCGCAGCUUUGCCUCUGCUAGUGAGGCGCAGGUGUUGUGAUGCGACUGUUGUUGAGGAGGCUGGCAAGUAGCGACAGUGUGGCCGGCGUGGGGCUUCCUCCACCUCGAUCCCCAAACUGGAAGCUUGGAACCUCGGAAGCUCGCUCACUCCCCCACCACACGUCGGGAAGUAUCUCAUCCACGAUGAAUACCUUGGCACCCGCUCAUCCACAACACGCAUGGUCAGCGGCAGUUUUUCUCUCUCUCCCAGAUUCUGACACAGGUUAUAAUGUGGCCACCUCGACAUCCUCGGCUUAUGUCCUGCGCCAUCUGCAAGGUUUCAGAAGCCAAGGACCGCAGAUAUUGGAUCUCAUCGCUUCUGCCUCGCUCAGCCCUCUAUACGCCUCAUGGUGCUCUUCGCACAAGAUCGCGCGUGCGACGCAACAUCUGCAAUACACAACGCCCUUUCAUUCGUUUUCGCGGAUUGGCGUUUGCCCUGCGGGGCCGAUGUAUCUUCCCUAGGCUGUAUUGAGCACUUGGAGGUGUGUCUACAUCUCAAAUGACUGGCAGACGUGCCCUUUACUCUAUCAUCUGACAAGGCU